AUGCCACGUACGACGUACCUGAAACUGGGUGCUGACCAGAGAAAUUUAACCAAGUUGGAAACGUCGCUGUGCACGAAUCUGGUAACUGUUGCUUACCGCACCUGCUGCAACGAGUAUGGCUUUUGCACUGGUUCGUCCAUAGCUCAAACUGUUACUGGUGGGCCAGUUGUUGCUGCGGAAGUUGUAGUAAUUGAUAAUUCUGGUACAGGAGCUGCUGUUCCUGAUGACAAUGUAGCCCCCGUUGUUGUAGACAUUGCAGGUCCGGCUAGACUUCACAAGGAAUUGCAGACGUCGUCUGGUGGCAGAUUACGACUGCCGCCUGAAAGCGGCUGCGGCUGCGGCUGCGGCGGCGGCGGCGAAAGCGGCGGCGGCAGCGAAAGCGGCGGCGGCAGCGAAAGCGGCGGCGGCGGCAGCGAAAGCGGCGGCGGCAGCGAAAGCGGCGGCGGCAGCGAAAGCGGCGGCGGCGGCAGCGAAAGCGGCGGCGGCGGCAGCGAAAGCGGCGGCGGCGGCAGCGAAAGCGGCGGCGGCGGCAGCGAAAGUGGCGGCGGCGGCAGCGAAAGCGGCAGCGGCGGCAGCGAAAGCGGCGGUGAAAGCGGCGGCGGCGCCGGCGCCGGCGAAAGCGGCGGCGGCGCCGGCGGCAGCGAAAGCGGCGGCGGCGCCGGCGGCAGCGAAAGCGGCGGCGGCGGCAGCAGCGAAAGCGGCGGCGGCGCCGGCGGCAGCGAAAGCGGCGGCGGCGCCGGCGGCAGCGAAAGCGGCGGCGGCGCCGGCGGCAGCGAAAGCGGCGGCGGCGCCGGCGGCAGCGAAAGCGGCGGCGGCGCCGGCGGCAGCGAAAGCGGCGGCGGCGCCGGCGGCAGCGAAAGCGGCGGCGGCGCCGGCGGCAGCGAAAGCGGCGGCGGCGCCGGCGGCAGCGAAAGCGGCGGCGCCGGCGGCAGCGGUAGCGGCGGCGGCGAAAGUGGCGGCGGCGAAAGUGGCGGUGGCGGCAGCGGCGGCGGCGGCAGCGGCGGCGGCGGCAGCGAAAGCGGCGGCGGCGGCGGCAGCGAAAGCGGCGGCGGCGGCAGCGAAAGCGGCGGCGGCGGCGGCAGCGAAAGCGGCGGCGGCGGUGGCAGCGAAAGCGGCGGCGGCGGUGGCAGCGAAAGCGGAGGCGGCGGCGGCGAAAGUGGCGGCGGCGGCGAAAGCGGCGACGGCGGGGAAAGCGGCGACGGCGGCGAAAGUGGCGGCGGCGGCGGCGGCUGCGAAAGUGGCGGCGGCGGCGGCGGCGAAAGCGGCGACGGCAGAGAAAUCGAAUGCUACCGCUGGGAAAUCCACCAGAUGAAGUAUGGCGCGGAACGCGUGACAAAAUGUGCAGCCGGCCUGCGCCGUAUUUCAAUUAGGCUGUCCGACGCACGUGUGUGGCGAGCCGCUAAUGUGAUGAAUAGGCCCGGAACCCCACCCUGA